AAUCUGCACCUCAGCCUCGGGGACUUUGCAGCGAGGGAGAAAAAGAAAUCCUUCACCUCAGCUCAACCUCAAAACAGAAGGACAUGCUCCACAAAUCCAACUGAGGACAUUAAAGCAAGGCUGAAACUCAUGCUGCACACAUUUCUGCUCCACCACAGGGACAUUUUAGGCGACGAGAAGACCAAAGAGUUGGGAGUAAAGUGCUGCUGGGAGGCAGGCUUCUGGUAUUACAAGAUCCUAGAGAACCUGAUCUGUCAGGAGCAGCAGAGGCGGCCUAACUGUGACAUCUCAGUCGUCUUGGAGACUGACCUUGUGCAGUCCUGUCUGGUGGCCUGUUGUCUGGAGAUCAGCGUGUGUUCAAACCGUCUCCCGUGUGAUUUACCUCUGCUGCUGCAGAUCUUGAAGAUGGAGUCCUAUCACUUCUGGAGGGUGAUUGAACUAGUGCUGCGGGCCGAGGUAGGUCUGCCUCACACCGUCAUGAGACACCUUUUCCAAGUGGAAGAGAAAGUUGUGGAAGCCUUGGCCUGGACCAGCAACUCACUGCUGUGGGAAGAAGUCAGAGCCAGUGCAGACAAUUUCCCUACCUGCCAACAGGUGAUGCCUCCUGCACAGCUUGAGGAUCCAAACGCCACAGACUUGCAACCCGACCCAAAUCCUCAAGGAGGUGUAAACAGGUCUCAGAGAAGCAGCCCCCUUCACCUGUUUGCUCGCAAGGUCUACAGCCUGAUGAGCAGGCGUCUGAGGCAGCUGUGCUCCACACUGAAAGUGCCCGAUGACUUGCGGCUGAAGAUCUGGACCUGUUUCGAGUUCUCGCUGGUCAACUGCACUCACCUCAUGGUGGACCGUCACCUGGAUCAACUGCUCAUGUGUGCCAUCUACAUCAUAGCCAAGAUUACCAGGAUGGAAAUUUCCUUCAAAUGUAUCAUGAAGUGCUACAAGUCGCAGCCCCAUACCAGCAGAAGUGUAGGGUUUAUUCCUGCCAUCUCUUCAGUCUGCAAAGAUGUGCUGAUUUCAGGGCGACACGUGGACAACACUCCCCAAAACAGUGGAGACCACAACAACAGUCCACCGACUCCCGACUCACCAAGCGCACAUUAUCUAGGACCCAUUCAGGAACGGAGGGGCAAUCUUAUCUACUUCUACAACCAGGCCUAUGUGGCACAGAUGCAGCACUUUGCCAAACAGUUUGCCCGCCCCUUUGGGGUCGAUACUCCCCCUCUGUCUCCGUAUCCUCGACAAAGGAACGCUUCUCAUCGCAGACGCCAGCUGUCCAGUAGCCCCUCCAUCUCUGUGUCGCCAUAUAACCGCGAAACCGCCUCGCCACAAGCGAGUGGGCUCUGCUACUACUUCAACAGGAGUCACCCGGAGUGUCUGCGUGAGAUCAACAACAUGAUCAAAACCGGCAGGUCACCUGCCAAGCGAUGCUACGCGGUGGAUGAAGACUGUCCUUCAGCAAAAAGGCCUCGUUUGGAUGAUCAGUCGGCCUGGCAGAGGCGACUCAGGGACGUGGUGGAUGAUCGCGCCGUGAGCGGGAACCAGGACCUCCACGGUUAUAAAGCCUGAGCUGCAGGAGAAUUAAGAGGCGUAGGACGUCUCACUUCCUGUAACAGCGAUGUCAGGUGUCGGAGGAAAAAGUGCACAGCAGCUUUUUGUCUUUCUAUCUGCCAAGAAUUCAAUUGGGUCAAGACCAACAACACUGUCCAGGUGUUUCCUUGACAAAGGCACUUAACCCGCAGCUCCACGGACACUGGUGGAUGAUGGUGGUUGCACUGGGCAGCUCCCCGCUGGACGCUGCUUUGUGAAAAAUAUAGGGCAAAGUGCUCGGUCAACUUUCUGUUAAAAAAUAAAUGCUGGACUGACAGCAUAAAUGAAAGAACUGUUAGUGUCUUUGACCUAUAUUUGACCUGAUUCAGCAUGACGAAAUUCUAAUUUGUUGAAUGAAGUCUUUAACAUUCAUUAUUGUUCUGUAAUAAACACGUAUUCUUGCACAUCAUGUGCAUGACUCAGCCCCAACAGUAAAACCAUCAGUGUUAACUUCAAUGCUUUAGUAUCUGUGUCUUCCUUUUGAAAUGUACAGU